UUUGAUUACUGAAGUGAUUCUGUGAACCACGGUUUUGCUGGUGCAUCUUGGAACUGGAUUUGAACUGUGGUGCGAGUCUGGAGACAGCUACAUUGACAGCCGGUUGUUGGAUGGAGGACAACUGCUGUUCUAUUCUCAUAUCAAAGGAGAUUUGUGGGCUAGCACCCAUUGUCAGAUGUCCACAGAAUGGCAGGAGGUUUGAAAGUUGCAUCCUAAAGGAUGGGACUCAGCAAGAUAAUCAUCUUGGACAAGGUUAUCAGCCUGUUUUACCUGAUAGAACAGACAACCUAGAAGUAGAAGAGGACGGAGGCUCUCUCAGAGCAUCAUGCUGCAAGGAUGAGCAACCUGAAAGGAUGAUAAACAAUGCAGGGGGUAAAUCAAUAAUGUCUGAUCUGCAAGAGCUUGAAGUGGAGAAUAAAGGAAUUCCUCAUAGCCAACACUGCCCCAUCAAACAUGUCUUCACCAAACAACAGGUGAGUGAUUCUGAAGAAGCCACUGGACCAUCAAGCACUGACAUCUUUAACAACAUUAGUCUGGUUGAAACAAUUUAUUCGAAAAGGAUGGAAAAACUCUUAGCAGAUCAGUCAAAUGACAGUGCACAAUUCAAUAAGGAGGAAAGAAACAGAAUUAAGCAGGAAUCGAGAGCAAAGCUACUAAAAGAGCACUUGCAUAAAUCAGCUCUAGUUCGUAAGAAGCAUCCUCAAAUUGAAGUUAGAUUAGUUGAACUGAGGAUUGCUGAUAUGGAGUUCAUCAGGAAUCUAGAAGUUAUCACAAAUCAGUUGGAUACGGAACAAGAAAAGCUUGAUUCCAUGCACAAGGAUGCUAGGAAAGAAGAAAAAGAGCUGAAGUAUCGUUGGUUGGAAGAAGCAAAAUCUGGAAGACCCAGGGAUGCAUUUUCAAUUCUCCCACAGUACUUACGUUCCUGUUUCAAUCUGGAUAAUUUGAAGAAAUGUGAGAAAGGUUAUUCAGAAGAACUGAUUUCUGAAGAAACUGUCUCCCUUGGUCUCUGUCAGAUGGAAGUUGCAGGGCCUUCUAAAGUUGUUAGAGGUCAUUCACCAGUAGCUGAGGGCACCAUACCCACUGCUACUCCUUCUGACAUACAACUUCAGGGGCACCCACUCAUUAUUCCACCCUCUAAUGACACUUCAAUGCUACCACAUGCUGUGCAAUUAGAGCUGCCUACAGCUAUGGAUUCAGUCUCUGAGCUCGUUAAGUCAAAAGAAUCUGAUGUGGACAUUCAACGAGCCGUGCAAUUACAAAUGUUUCUACCUACAAAUCUACCUUCUGAACCUGGAAGUGGUACACCUGUAUCAGAGAAUUCUCUGUUGUAUGAGCCGGCUAAAGUGGAUAAUCAUGUUCCAUUUUCGAAAUUCGACGGAAAUUUGGCAAGAAUGCGUGUGGUGGAUCAAGCUCAACCUGCGAAUUUACAUGGAGAAUUGGAAGUGCAUAUGAGUACUGAUUUUGAGAAGGAAAUGAUUGAAGAGAUUGGCAGCAAGUUAAUCCACGAUGCGGAUGCUGUACUAGACGAUCAACCCAGAGCUUCCUCUCAAUUGGGGCCUGAUACUUCUAGCCACUAUGACAAUCAAUUGGAUUUUGCAAGUAAAGACGAUGCAACGGAAUGGGCCAUCCAGAAGGGAAAAGAAAUCAAUUGCAUCCUUGUUAAAGGCAGAAAAACAAAUUAUAAGCAGGUUGAAUUGGUUUGCAAGAGAAGUGGAGAGUAUAGAAGUCACAACAUAAAGGGUUAUGUGUCGAAGAAGACAGAUAGGGUGUUGAAGACAAAGAAGUGUGGAUGCCCAUUUAAGAUUGUAUUCCAUCAGGUCGAAGGUGAUAUAUGGAGAAUGUAUGAAGUUGCUAAUGGUUGUUAACCAUGAUGAGGAUGAUGCAUCAGCUCAGAAGAAGAAAGUGGUCGACGCAAGUUUUAACAGGGUUACUAGGUCACUCAGAUCACAUCAAGGAGCACGUUUAGGAGCAAUACAGAACCACCGGUGAUUUUCCAGGUCCCGCUGCAACGCCACCUCUUACUGAUCUCACUGCAAAAACAUUCUGGUCAUCUGAUAACUGAAGGGUUAAUUUUUUGUAAGCAACUGUUCCGUUAAUUACAUGUAGUACAAUUUAGGUGUAUGUUAAUUGCCUAUUUCUAAAUUAAUGAAAUGUACAAGAACCUGUAGGAAGAA